AUGAGGAGUUCUUGGUAUACCUUUUGCUUUUCUUUGGUCUUCUUCGGGCUGUUUGGCGACUGUUUUGGAAUUGCGCUUGUGCCCAAGGACAAACGUGGAUGGACUCUGAACAGUGCUGGAUACCUGCUGGGACCCCAUGCCCAUCAGACGUUGCCUGAUAAAGGAGGUUUGGCUGGGAAGCGUGAUGCAGUGGAGGACUUCUAUUCCCUGGGGCAGGAUUCGGUUGCACCUGUUGUGCAACCUUCUGAUUACAGCAUCCUCCAAACGCUGAUGGAUUUUCUCUCCUACCUGAAUCUCCGAGAUCAAAGAGUGAUUGGGCGCCUGUCUCUCCCGGUGUCAGAAGAAUUGAUGCAAUAGGAAUCUUCCUCAGCCUGUACCCUUUACGGCUACUUGUAGCGUGCAGUUCCUUCCUCAUGUCACACACGCAGAAGUGUUUUGAAGAUCCAGUGUUUUGCCUGCUGCUCGUUCGUUCGGCAACUUGCUCAAGAGAAUCCACUUCUAGCCAGCCCCCCCCCCCCUGCCAGUACUGUUGGCCACUCUCAACCUAAUGGUGCCAUUUAUUCUUUAAUUCACUCUCUUGCACAGCACCCACCUCCCUCCUUCUUGUGGACAGUCUUUUCACUCUUUUCCCCUGAAUGCAAACCAUUACAGGAUAUGCCACAAUACCUUCAUCUCCCCUUAUCAUUACACCUUCAUGUUUUUGACAGACAUUGGCAUCCUUCUUUGGGGUCUUAUUUAGGGGAGAGGAGUGCCUGACCUUGUAAAAGAGGGAUGGAUAUAUUGAGAUGUAAGUGCGUGGCAACGGGCAUGCAUUUGUGCCCUGCUGUGCUUUUGAACCUUUAUGAGAAGGUCACAAAUUUGGUUAUAAAGCAUGCAGAAAAGUGUUUCUUAACCUUGGCAACUUUAAGAUG